AUGACGGACGGCUUUCUGGACAUAGACACGCGAACACAAAUACCGCGGUACGUUUAUUGCCACAUUACGCUCAACAAUACCCUGGAUAAUGCUAAUAUACGGCGGCAGGUUGUGCAAUUACGAAAUGCUGAGGAAUCGUAUCGGAAGCACGGUUCGAGUGGUGGGAAGGAUCAUCUCCAUUGA